UUUUCUUUUCAUUUUAGGAGUUGCUGGGUGUGUUUUGCUACUGAUGAAGAUGAUCGGACAGCGGAAUGGGUGCGGCCUUGCCGGUGCAGAGGAUCCACCAAAUGGGUUCACCAAGCUUGUCUACAACGAUGGGUCGAUGAAAAGCAAAGGGGCAACAGUACAGCCAGAGUGGCAUGUCCACAAUGUAAUGCUGAAUACCUAAUUGUCUUUCCAAAACUGGGUCCAGUUGUUUAUGUGUUGGAUCUUGCAGACCGCCUCAUCUCCAAAGCAUGCCCGUUUGCUGCAGCUGGAAUCAUGGUGGGUUCAAUCUAUUGGACAGCUGUCACGUAUGGAGCUGUGACCGUUAUGCAGGUUGUGGGACAUAAAGAAGGCUUAGACGUCAUGGAGAGAGCUGACCCGUUGUUCCUUUUGAUUGGACUUCCAACCAUUCCAGUUAUGCUCAUUUUGGGCAAGAUGAUUCGUUGGGAGGACUAUGUCCUGAGACUGUGGCGAAAAUACUCCAAUAAGUUACAGAUUUUAAACAGUAUCUUUCCAGGAAUAGGUUGCCCUGUUCCUCGUGUUCCAGCUGAGGCCAGCCCACUAGCAGAUCAUGUAUCAGCUACUCGUAUUCUUUGUGGGGCUUUGGUUUUUCCUACUAUUGCCACUAUAGUUGGUAAAUUAAUGUUCAGCAGUGUCAACUCAAACCUGCAAAGGACUAUUUUGAGCCAUACUAUGAGAAAGUUUGAUGCCUCAAUUCCCUGUAUUGUGACUACAAUUUGAAAGUACUGCAUUAGAUGUUCAGCCCUUGAAGACAUCCUGAGGCUACAGAAAGGGCAAUACAAAGUUCAGCCUUUCUGAAUAACAUGUACACAUAAAAUAAGCUAUUCAGUGACCAUAUGCUGAAUAUAAAUUCUCUCCAAUGAUUGAAGGAAACUUGAACAAUCCAGGGUGGUAUUGCCUUUGUGGCCAUCAAAGGAGCUUUUAAAGUGUACUUCAAACAGCAGCAGUAUUUGCGCCAGGCCCACCGAAAGAUAUUGGAUUUUCCAGAAGAGGAGGCAUG